AUGGCGUGGGACCAUCUGGAUAUCGAUAAGCCGCAUGUGGCGUAUAUGAUCUUGGGUGGUUUCACCGGUCUGUUCAUGCUGUGCUCCCUGUUCGUCAAGGAGAAGCUCUAUAUUGGUGAAGCUACCGUCGCCACACUUUGCGGUAUUAUCUUCGGACCACAUGCCGCCAAUCUAUUCGAUCCCUCAUCGUGGGGAAACGUCGAUAAAAUCACCCUGGAGUGCUCGCGCAUUGUCCUGGUCGUGCAAUGUUUUGCCGUCGGGGUCGAGUUGCCCAAAUCGUACAUGGAACGUCACUGGAGAUCUGUGGUCUUUUUGCUUCUCCCCGUCAUGACCUGGGGUUGGCUGGUGACCAGUCUGUUUAUUUGGUGGAUGAUACCCCCGCUGAAUUGGCUCGAGAGCCUGGUUUGUGCCGCCUGCGUCACGGCUACCGAUCCGGUCUUGGCGUCUUCCGUCGUCGGUAAGGGCAAGUUCGCCAAGCGGGUCCCUAAACAUUUGCGUGAUAUCUUGUCCGCCGAGUCGGGCUGUAACGAUGGCAUGGCAUUCCCGUUCAUCUAUUUAUCUUUUUACAUCUGGAAAUACCGUCCCGAUGCCGGUGAGGUGUCGCUCAACUGGUUCUGUAUCACCAUUCUGUACGAGUGUAUUUUUGGUGCUGUUUACGGAUUCCUCAUUGGCUAUGCUGCCCGCCACGCGAUCAAGUUUGCCGAACGCAAGGCAUUGAUCGAUCGGGAGAGUUUCCUGGUCUUCUACUUUGUCCUGGCUGUGUUCUGCGCCGGUUCCGGCAGUCUGUUGGGUAUGGACGACCUAUUAAUCGGAUUCUCCUGCGGUGUCGGAUUUAGUAAUGAUGGUUGGUUCACGGAGAAAACGGAAGAAGCGCAUGUUUCCAACGUUAUCGAUCUGUUGCUCAAUUUAGCCUACUUUGUCUACUUUGGCGCCAUCAUUCCGUGGGGGGACUACAACGCCCCCGACUUGGGUGUCGUCCCCUGGCGAUUGGUAGUCAUUGCACUCUUGGUGAUCUUUUUCCGUCGCAUACCCAUCAUGUUACUGAUGAAACCAUUCAUUCCGGAUAUUAAAACAUGGCGUGAGGCUCUUUUUGCCGGUCACUUUGGUCCGAUUGGUGUCGGUGCUAUCUUUGCAGCAAUCCUGGCUCGAGCUGAACUGGAGAACGAUAACACACAACCGUCGACUCAGGGCGAUCUUCCCAAACCUGGGGCAAACAACUAUUACAUAGUGCAGCUCAUUUGGCCUAUAACAACAUUCAUGGUGAUUUCCUCCAUCUUGGUGCACGGCUCGUCGAUUGCUGUCUUCACUCUCGGCAAGCGUAUCAACACGCUGACCGUCACGCUGUCCUAUACCCAAGCGAACGAGGAGGGUCCCUCAUGGAUGAAUCGGUUGCCUCGGGUAUCCUCGCUGGCCAAGGGCUCAAUGUCAUUCCGGAAGCCCGACGACACGGAUGCCUCAGAGGAUGAGAAACUGCCGGAAUACCCCCCUGGAACGCUUCCACCCAUUGGGAUGCCAGGAAACUUUCUUCGCCGAGUUCGUGAAGAGGACAGUGAUGCACAAACCAGUGAAGCUGCACGAAAGGCUAUGCGUCGCCGACGCAAGAAGCAACGUAAACAUGAUGGUGUGGGUGGACCUAUCCAUCAGUCUGCCAUUAUGCCCCAGAAACGACCUGAACAAGCCUCCGAAGAGGAAAAGGAAUUGGAGGAGCGAGAUGCCGUGGAGCGCGGCGCUUCUCCUCCCAAUGCUGAGCGGGAACGCUUCGGUCGCGAGCCAGAGCUGGAGGUAUUCCAGGAAGGUCACCAUAUGAUUAUUGAAGAUGAAGAAGGCAAUGUGCUUAAGACUGAGGAUACCAGCCACCUCACGCCUGAACAACAGAUUGCUCAUAUCGAGGAACAACGCCAGCGACUUGAACAUGACAGGUCCGGUGAGCUAGCUAAGUCUCAGAGCAAGCCCCACGAGAAGGAUGAGGGCGAGGAGAUCAAGCACGCAAUUGAUGAAAAGAUUGGCCACCCUGGCGAAAAGGCCCGCAGCAAAUGGACCACCUGGACAGGUCUUGGAAAAGCCCGGGCCAAGGACCCGCAAGAUGAUCCGAAGCCUACCGCCGAAGCCCCGGCCAAGCCCAAGCACCGAUCUGCGCAUGCCUACCAAUUUGGUAACACUAUCAUUGUUGAGGAUGAGGAUGGUGAAGUGAUCAAGAAAUACACCAUUCCGUCUGGGGGAAAGCCUGCCAAGCCAAAGCCGAAUCCUGCACAGCAAUCUGGUCCCUCGCAUCCGGCCCCGAUUCGCCGUGGUCUCACCCGCAUGGGCACUUGGCUCGGCAUGGAAGAAGAGGGAGAAUCCUCUCAGACCGGCCAGAAGAAACAGAAGCCAGCACCUAGAACCGUAACUGAUGACUGGACCACUGAUGAUGGUCUGCGAUUCACUUUGGCUCAGAGCACGGAUGCUGAAACACAUGGCAUUGGCCACAAGGGUCGUCGUAUGAACAAGCACGAGUUCUUUGAGCAAAUUAAGGGCUUGGACGCCAAAGGUCGCCGGGAUGUAAUCCAACAAACGGAUGCACCCGCCCCCGUUCAACAAGUUGCCGAGGAAGAAGCCAAGAAAGAAGAAAAGCAAGAGCGUCGCCUCUCAGUGGCAGCCGCAGCCGCGGCGGCCAACACAAUUCCCGAGGCUGAGGAAGACUUCGAGUCUGUCACAGAUAGUCAGCUCAGCAGCGAGGACGACACUGACACCGAGGCUCCCAAUGUGGCUGCUUCGGUGGCUAAAUGGACCCGCGGUACCUCCGCUCAAGAGCGCCGCAACAACCUCAGCCCUGCGCCUCCUCGUGCCCGUUCCCGUCGUGACUCUGACGACGACGGUACUGAACGUAUCCCUCCAUCUGCCUUGCGUCAGGCGGCCGGCCUGACCGCCCCGCCCCGUCAGAGAGAAGACGACACAGGUGAAACCCCCGCUGAGCGCCGUCGUCGUCUCGCUGCCCUCGGCCACAGCGGCGACACCGACUCAGAGUCGGACGAUGAUGACGAAGCGGUCGAAGAAGACUCCGACUCUGAUAGCGAGGACGACGGCGAACCCCGCCUGAUCCCAUCCACAGGCAAGGUCAUGUUUGCCAACGAUCCUCGGCCAUCCGAACAAUCCAGCCCCGCUGGUGAACAAUCAUCCAGCUCUGGAUCCGGCUCCGGGUCUCAAUCUAAGUUUGGACACCGACCUCGCAUUUCCUGGGGAGGCGAAAAAGGUCGCGAGUAA